CAUUGGAUCUUUCGAAAGCUAUACAGAAGCGCGUCUGUUUUCCAAAACAAGAAGAGGCAUCAUAUGCUUUUUUGUAUUUGGAUAGUGUAAUCUAAAGAUGCGGUGGAAGGUCGACUGGCGGAGCGUUGCGCUGUCAAUGAUAUUGCUAGCUGUCAGAAAUCGUAUCUGGCGCCUUCCACUUGAUCACACGGAAGCCGGGUCAUUUGUUGUUGUUGACAACAAGGUCACAUGUCACUUAUAGCUGGUCACUUUCAUGGCCGAGCAGACAGAAAUUGAACUACUGUUUUAGCCACCGAAAUUUAAUUGUUAUAACAAUUAACAGACCUUUUUACCUGGAUCAACACGGGGAGUGCGUAGACAGGCUCGUGUGUGAUGUGAGCGAUGCGCUGCCCGACCUCUCGUACUUGAGCAGCAGCGUCUGUGACAGCGUGUCAGCUUCAUCAUGACGACUCGGUGCUUGAUGGCGUUUGAUUACGCUGACUGGCAUGCACACAACGUGCUACAGAAACAGUCCCAGAAGCGCCCCCUAGGGGACAUUGAGAGUAAACACCGAUACCGACCUGCGCAGCCUGUGUUGUCAUGUCGGACCGUGGAUGUCGACCUGACUGGCACUCGCACCUACCGUGCCAGAUCCACAACUGACAUCAUCACCGAGCAACAUCGCUACAUACACAACCUGUACAAUAAAGCUCGCAACAUCGUCUCAGCUCCACCAAGGAGGAAGUCAUCUCGGUACUCAACAGAUGAAAACUGUCACAAACUUCAGAAGAUUAAUAUUGAGGUCAAUGGAAGGCCGGUCAGCUCAUUGUCACAGUCAACAAAACCACAGUCAGCAAAGAGGAAAACUGUAAAGUCAGCAAAACGUCCAAAGACAACUGGUCAAAUCAAAAGUACCCGGGACCUCCUGGAGACGAGUCGCUCACAGCGCGAGAUUACAGAGCAGAUCCACCAACACUGGCUGCCAGAGAACAACAACCUGAACCAGGGUCAGUUCAUCCGCGGACAGAAGAAGGCGGAGUCUGUACCCACCUCCCUGGAUGCCUGGCUCACGUUCGGUGGAGCUCCAGGAGGCUCAGAUAAAGGAGUAGUCGACGCCUUUGCUAGCUACCGAGGUGAGGAUGAAUACUACAACAUAGAUGGCAACAUCGGCAGUCGUGUAGCUCAGCAACUGCAACGGGGAGACAAACUCCGCAUCGGAAUCAAUGGCGUGGUUCAGUCCAAUGACCUGAAGGUUCGGAAGAAGUCUGCAUUGGCCAGGGAAGAAGUAGUUGAGACUGUGCAGGAAGAGAAAGAGGAAGAGAUAAAAGAGAAAGAAAAAAUGGAAGAACAAAAAGAUACAGAAAAGGAUGUCAAAGACGAAGAGGAGUUUGAUUUCAUGGCUGAUCUCAACAUGGACAUAAUGACCCAGGAUAUUGAAGACCUGAUAGAGGAGACUGAGGAGAAGCCCCUCCCCAUCAUCCCGCUCAGCUGGACAGACCAGAUAAACAAGGAUGGGGUCAGGAUCCUCUCUCCUCGCUCACCUCCUCUCAAGAGAGAGAGGACGAACCUUUGUGAAACGCGACCGGUUGUGUUUGAAAAGCUGAUUCCUGAAGACUCCCCUUCUGGUAGGCCAUGGGUGCCCCGAACCGAUGGCUACCAGGUGAAGUACCGCCAACGACCACAAAUACAUGGCUUGGAUACAAAAGAGUCUCGACUUAGUCGCAUCAAGGUAAUUUCCAUUGACCCAAGGUCAAAAGAAGAAGAUGAGAAGUUGAACAAUAUAUCUGUGGAUGAAAUUCUCCAGACUGCAGUAGAGAAGAAAACCUCUGAUGACAACAGGAAGGUUUCUGGUGAAAAGGAUCGAUCAAAGAGGAUCGAGGGUAAACGUAGUGAUGACGGCAACGUGUCCGUGCCUAAACAUCCCCACAGUGCUAGCAGGAGUGAGUCAAGGGCCAGUCAGUCCAGUGAGCAUGUGAGGAAGAGAGUGUCAGUCCAGUCUCAUGCACCCAGCACUACAGUCAAAGAUCUCAGCAUUGUCUCCCCUGGUGUCAAACACAAGGCAGGCGACACACGAACUGGAAAGUCUGCUGGCAAGGCCAUGGUGGCCAAGGGGCUGAUGCGAUCUCCUCUUGGUGGGUCAGGCCCAAGUAUUAAGUCUGGUAACACACAAGGUGAGACUGAGUAUAUUCAGAUUGCAUCUCAGCUGCGUGUUCCUGGUGGUUCCCAACGUCCCACCAUGGCCUACACGCACCAGCCAGGUCCCCAACAGGACCGAAUCACAAGCCCAGAGAGACCGUAUCUGAAUGGUCAGACUAGUCCUCGUGCUGAUAACAACAGAAUGGUGGAGGAGCUGAGUUCUGUUGCUGAGGAGGGUGGGGCAGCACCAAGUCUUGCCUCCCCCGAACCAAAGUCUCCUGUACCGGCACUGGAGAUCAGUAUUCCAACAGCAGAUGACUUGUCUGACAGAGAAUCCAUUCUCCCGUCACCGAACCGACCAGGCUCCUACCAUGAGGAUGGGGAUGACUUGACAAGCAGGCAGAGGAGAGAGGCAUCCAUGAGAGAUGAACAGAUUGACCAAAUUGCUUCAAUGCUUGGAGGAGCACUGAUACAAUAGUGAAUACGGUUGUAGUUUUAGUUCACAUUGAAGGUACCGUUCGUUGACUGGUGCAACACUGAUGAAGGUUGGGCAUGUCGAAAGGGUCAUCGUGUUUGCUGACUGAUGCCAAAUUGAAAAAGGUUGGGCAUGUUGAGAGGGUCAUCGUGUUUGCUGACUGAUGCCAAAUUGAAGAAGGUUUAGCAGGUUGAGAGGGUCAUCGUGUUUGCUGACUGAUGCCAAAUUGAAGAAGGUUUAGCAGGUUGAGAGGGUUGUACUAUUUAUUGACUGAUGCUACACUUAACAUAGUGUCUAUGAACUGAUUUGGAUGUCCUUGUGUUGUAAACAGACAUGCACAGUGUGCUUACUUAUUGCUACUUUACAGAUUCGUUGUCAUUACUUCAUGGGUAUUGGGACACUAACCCGUGAAGAUCCGGGUUAGAAUUAUCUUCAGUAAUCCAUGCUUGUCGUAAGAGGCGACUAACAGGAUCAGGU